AUGUUUUCACUGUUAAUCGACAAUGAAUUUUCAUGUCGAAACUUAUCCAAUGAAAAUCAAGUAUUUAUGUGGUUUCAUUUAUUAAUUAAAAUUUUAUUACGUAUGACUGAUGAUGAUCUAGCUAAAUCAGAGUUUAUUGACUAUUGUAAAGAUUUCUAUGCUAAUAAGCCAAAUUUGAAACAAAUUGAUGAAUUCAACCAACGGUGUACACCGACUGAUGCUCUGGUAUGGUAUACAAAAGAUUCAUUUGUCUACCGCAUUAUUAAUAAAGCACUUCGUUUACAAAAUAUUUAUAUUAUCUACAAAUGUCGAUUUUUAUUAAAACAUAUUUAUAAUCAAAUUACACUAGGUCAUCUAAAUUAUUUAGAGAAAUUAAAAACAUACGAUGUAGACUCGGUGAAAGUUUAUCGUGGGCAAAUAAUACAUAAGAAUGAGCUUGAAAAUAUACAAAAUAAUCCAGGUAACCUUAUAUCAAUGAAUUCAUUUCUAUCAACAACAACUGAUUCCAAUGUUGCCGAAAUGUUUACUGGUUAUGGAGAGGUGGAUUUAGAGAGAAAAGUGUCGAUACUAUUUGAAAUUAAUAUUGAUUUAGAGAUAAAAAAAUAUCCAUUCAUAGAAAUCGAACAUUCAGAAAUGCAGUAUGAAAAUGAAGUUUUAUUUUCUAUUAAUACAAUCUUUGAAAUAAAAUUAAUUGAUUAUAAUGAAGAAAAAAAGUUUUGGUGUAUUCAUUUGAUUUUAUCGACAAAAGCGAGUAUCAAUGAAAAAAUUGAUCAAUUAAUGGAACAUUAUUUGGAAACAAUGUCUCGAAACGUGACAGCAACCACAUUAGCAAAAUUUUUAGCUGAAAUGGGUGAAUUGAGUAAAGCAGAGGUAUUUCUACGACAGUUUCAAGCUACACAAUUACACACAUCAAACAAUUCUGAUUUUCUUAGAGAGAGUAGUAUCGUCGAAAAUGAUCUUGCCGCAUUACAUUAUGAAAGAGGAAAUUACACCAAAGCCAUAGAACAGUAUCACAGGACACUUGAAAUUGAUUUCCGUCGACGACCUUGUAACAAAUUAUCAUUAGCUAAAGUAUUUAAUAAUCUCAGUCUUGCUUAUACAGAGGAUGGUACUUAUAAUAAAGCUACGUGGAGUUUUGCUUGUGCUAUGUUAUUUUGUCUAGAAUGUUUACCAGAAAACUACGAAUUACUUGGUGAAAUCUAUAAUAAUAUUGGUUUAUGGUGUCAACGUACGAAUCAAUUUCAAACUGCAUUACAAAAUUAUGAACAAAGUCUUGAUUUACUAAAGGAACAUGUAUCGAAAAAUCAUCUGUAUAUUAGUACAGUACAUACAAAUAUUGAAGAGUUUUUGAUAGCGAACCAUCAACUAAUAUCAACGACUUGUAAUAAUAUUGGUUUAUGUUAUGGAAAUUUGAAGAACGUUGAAAUGGCUAUUCAAUAUUUAGAUAAGUCGUUAAAUAUUGAAAAAACAUACAAACCAAACAAUUAUGUUCGAAUUGGAACAGUUUAUAACAACAUGGGCAUUGUGUAUAGUUUAAAUGAUGAUCACCAAGAAGCAUUAAAGUGUUUUUGUCUUGCUCAUGAAAAAGCUUCAAAACAAUUGUCAUCUACACAUCCAGAUAUAAAACUCUAUUUAGAAUCAAUUGAACAAACAAGACAUUUCCUACAUCAGAAUUGA